AAUGAAUGUGAGAAAAAAUCAAGACUCAAAGCACCCCCUUGAGCGCGUGUGACUGACGCGCUUGCACCUCUCCUGAAAUGGCAAGGCAAGGUAUGAAACGCAAGAUGUGAGAUGUCUCCCUCUACGAACCGUCUGGCUAUGAUCGAGUUAGUGGAAAUUGAUCUUCAAUGAGGAACUAGUUCAUUUACACAUCUCUCGGUCUGAUAAAAAACAGAAAGCUGUUGCUGUUUUCAAGUGUCCUACAGGUACUGAACAGGUAAUUGGAGAAAAAUUAGCUCGGUAUCAUUCAGAGUACAGGGACUGCUGUCUGAGAGAGCUGUACAUGAGGGGAGGAAUGGAGGUGUGGAACAGCGAAGAAGAAGGAGGAAUGGAGGUAGAGGCCUCAGCAGACAGCCCACCCUGGUCCAACAACUCCAGACACCUCGUCCACAGCUCCAACGUCACGGCCAACCUCACCUACUUCCCUUACUACCAGCACUCCCUUACAGUUGCUGCCAGUUUCAUCCUGGCCUACCUGUUCAUCUUCCUGCUGUGCAUGGUGGGGAACGUGCUGGUGUGUAUAAUCGUGCUGGGGAACCGGCGCAUGCGGACCGUCACCAACCUGUUUAUCCUCAACUUGGCCAUCAGCGAUCUUCUGGUGGGAAUCUUUUGUAUCCCCACCACACUGGUGGACAACCUCAUCACAGGCUGGCCAUUUACCAACACUGUGUGCAAAAUGAGCGGCCUAGUGCAGGGGAUGUCUGUGGCGGCCUCAGUCUUCACCUUGGUAGCCAUAGCUGUCGACAGGUUCCGUUGUAUAGUGUACCCUUUCCAGCCCAAACUCAGCCUUUUCGUGGCCAAGGGGACCAUAGUGAUGAUUUGGGUCUUGGCUGUGGUGAUUAUGUGUCCUUCAGCGGCCGCGCUGACAGUGGAGGAAGUACCUUAUCACUACAUGGUUUCCAACCGUGAAUUCAACGUCACCUACCCCCUGUACACCUGUUACGAAAACUUCGCCAACCCCAAGAUGCGGAAAAUCUACACCACCGUGCUUUUCGCUCAUAUCUACCUGGUGCCUCUCACCCUCAUCACCCUGAUGUAUGGGCGGAUCGGGGUGAAGCUCUACACCUCGGUGGUGUCCAACAGGGAGCCCCAGGACACAGCUGUCCAGGGGCCCUCUGGCAGGCAUGAGGGCAGGCCCCUGAUCUCCCAGAAGAAAAUCAAGGUGAUCAAGAUGCUAAUCGUGGUGGCCGUGCUCUUCAUGGUGUCCUGGCUGCCUCUGUGGACCCUCAUGCUCAUGACCGACUACUCUGGUCUGGACGGGGACCAGCUGGAGCUGCUGACGGGCUACAUGUUUCCCUUUGCCCAUUGGCUGGCCUUCUCCAACUCCAGCGUCAACCCCAUCAUAUAUGGCUACUACAACGAGAACUUCAAGAGGGGCUUCCAGGCCGUCUGCCAGCCCAACCCUUGCUGUUGCCCGGGGGACUGGGAGCUGGGAUGCAGGAGAGCCGGGGAGGGCCAGACGGGGGCUGGGGGCAUUGGGGGGGGUGCCCUCAGAGAUGGUACCACCAACGCCAACCCCUUGGUGUUUGGAGCCAGGAAUAACGUUUACACGGACGGAAAUCCAACGGAUACGGUCCGUCUGGAGCUGGAUCUGAAGAGGAACUCGAGGGUGGGCUGUAUCGUCCAUAUGGAGGGCAGCGGCUCGGAGGGCAGCUCCGGCGUGGGCAGCGGGGGUCACAAGAGAGGGUUUGGCCUGGAGGAGGCAGAAAGGAUCAGCCCGCCUGGAGUAGCAGUCUGCCAGGCCUGGGAUCAUUAGAGAGGAAUGGACAGUCAUUUUACACUAGCCACAGUAUGCUGGAAGGGCUUUGAAAGUCACUUGUCAGAGCAUCAUGUUUGUUAUAUCUAGGGCUGCUAAAGUUACAAACGUGUUCAUGUGUUUCAAUUUAAUAUCGCAGAUUCUCUCGUUUUCCCCUUUUAAUGUACCUAAACCAGAGUACAUCUGCCUGCUUUCUGCACGGAUGCAUGAGGUAUAAACUUGAAGGCACCAAGGAAUCCAAACGUACAA